CUUGGUUGACGUGGCCCAACCAAAUCUUCUGAACAUAAGAAGCAUGUCAUCUCUAAAAAGAAUCACUCAUUCUUUCUCCUCUGCUCCUAACAUGGAGACCCUUUUCUCUCCUCGUUCCCUCUCCCCUCCUCUCACCAUACCCACUCCGAGUCCCUUGUCUUUACUCAGACCGAUCUCUUCCCAAUCCGCCAAGCUCACUAAACCAGAAUCUCCAGUUCCCCAAAACUUGUCAACCAAUGCCAAACAGGCUUGUGCAGUUGGGAGGAGGAGAUUGAUGAUGGGUGGCUUGCUCAUGUCUGGUUUAAUAGUUUCAGAAGCCAAUCUUCCAACAUCAGCAUUUGCUUUGACUCCAGUGUUCAGAGAGUACAUAGAUACAUUUGAUGGAUACUCUUUCAAGUACCCUCAAAACUGGAUUCAAGUCAGAGGAGCAGGCGCUGACAUAUUCUUUAGAGACCCUAUUGUCCUCGACGAGAACCUCUCGGUGGAGUUUUCUUCACCUUCUUCCUCGAAAUACAAGUCUCUUGAGGACUUGGGUUCACCUGAAGAAGCUGGAAAGAAAGUACUUAGACAGUACUUGACUGAGUUUAUGUCCACUAGACUCGGUGUCAAGCGCGAGUCUAACAUUCUUACAACUUCCUCCAGAGUUGCAGAUGAUGGUAAACUCUACUACCAAGUCGAGGUGAACAUAAAGUCAUACGCAAACAAUAACGAGCUAGCUGUGAUGCCGCAAGAUAGAGUGGCUCGUUUGGAAUGGGACAGGCGUUACCUCGCGGUUCUAGGAGUUGAGAACAAUAGACUCUACUCACUGAGACUCCAAACACCUGAGAAAGUUUUCCAGGAAGAGGAAAAAGACCUAAGAAGAGUUAUGGAUUCGUUCAGAGUCGAGAAGAUUUAGAGAGAGAUGUAGCCAUUGGUUUACAAAAAAAUCUUGUUGCUGGUUAUGCUCCCUUUCCCGUUCUAUUUUUGUAAUAUUAAAGCAUAAGCCAAGCUAGGGUAAACGCUUUUUUUACAUGAACUUUUCAGAUUCGUUC